CCCUCUCUCUAUGUCACAUAAUAUAAUAGUAAAAGGUCCUCUUUUGCCCUUUCCCACCAUUUGCGACCUCAAUACCGACGCAGGAAGAGGAAGAGGAAGAGGAAGAGGAAGAAGAAGAAGAAGAAGAAGAAGAGAAGAGAAGCAUAGCUCAGUUUAUCAAAUGAGGCAGCGACCGAAGAAGCAAAAGGAGAGGGGUUGGAUUGAGCUCUGUUGUUUGGGUUGCACCUGCGUACAGCUUUGGCACAAGGUCGUGCUCCGGAAGUGGCUCAACAUCACUUCCAAGGAUUCCGACUUCAGCGCCGACGAAGGGGACACCACCGAAAGUGAGUUCGACGACGAAGAGAUGUGUGGUUGGGAGCGACAGAUGCACGACGAGGAAAGGAGAUGGGGUGGAUUUGGGGCCCAAACUAAUGAUACUCGCCUUGGGCGCAUUCCAUACAAGCCGAGAAGACGAAAGUCGGAGACCCUUCGCGCACAAUAUAUAAACACCAAAGAACUCAGGAUUUGUGUAGGGACAUGGAAUGUUGGCGGAAGACUUCCGCCUGAGGACCUUGACAUCCGUGAGUGGCUUGAUAUGGAGGAGCCUGCUGAUAUCUAUGUUCUUGGAUUUCAAGAAAUUGUUCCAUUGAAUGCCGGGAACAUAUUCGGCGCUGAGGAUAACCGCCCUGUUCUGAGAUGGGAAAAUAUUAUUCGCAAUACAUUGAAUAAGAUUAGUCCAGCUAAACCAAAAUACAAAUGUUAUAGUGAUCCUCCUUCCCCGUCAAGAUUCAAGCCAUCGGAUGAUGCUCUUGCCAUGGAGGAUGAGCUGCUUCCUGAAUCCAAUAGUGACAGCGAUGGAGAAAUUCAUCCAUUAAACGAAGAGAAUUUCAGUUUACACCCCGACGAAGGACUCGAUCCCAACAAAAAUGAUUCAAAAAACUUUUCAGCUCCCUCACGAAAGAUAUUUGACAGGUCCCGGAAUCUUAGUUUCAAGAAUUAUGACUCAACUUCGGGAAAUUUAAUUACCCAGCAGAAGAAACUGACAAAAACACCAAGUAAUUCGGAAAGGAUUGGGAUGAUUUGGCCAGAGCCACCAUUAAACAUACUAGCUCAACAUGGCCUGGAUAAUUCGCAACCGUAUAAUUCGGCGAAAUGCUUAAGAAAUAGUGAUUCUUUCAAGUCGGCACAUGAGUAUGAUCGCUUGAUUCCUGAUCUUAACUUGGAGAGUGCUAUGUUUAGAAAGAAAAGGCCUUCAUUUGUGAGGAUAAUAAGCAAGCAAAUGGUUGGUAUAUUUCUUUCGAUAUGGGUGCGCAGAAGCCUUCGUAGGCACAUUCAGAAUUUGAGAGUAUCAACUGUGGGUGUAGGUGUCUUGGGCUACAUUGGCAACAAGGGAUCAAUAUCAGUCAGCAUGUCAAUAUAUCAGACACUUUUUUGCUUUAUAUGUAGUCACCUCACAUCUGGAGAAAAGGAUGGAGAUGAACUUCGAAGGAAUGAUGACGUGCAUGAAAUAUAUAAGCGAACGCAGUUUAGUUCUCUUGGUGGAGUUGGCGUGCCUAGUACAAUCUUUGAUCAUGAUAGGAUUAUUUGGUUGGGAGAUCUCAAUUACCGCAUCAACUUACCAUAUGAAAAAACACACGAACUUAUCUCCAAAAAGCAAUGGGAUAAGCUGGCUGAGAUGGAUCAGUUAAAGCAUGAAUUAAAGAAGGGUCGUGCUUUUGAUGGGUGGACGGAAGGAGUUAUCAGUUUUCCUCCAACCUAUAAAUAUGAAUUCAAUUCAGAGAAAUAUGUAGGAGAGGAUCCAAAGUCUGGAAGAAGAACACCUGCAUGGUGUGACCGCAUUCUUUCAUACGGUAAAGGAAUGAGGCUAUUGACCUACAAAAGAAACGAGUUUACAUUUUCUGAUCACCGCCCCGUAACUGCUGUUUUCAUGGCCGAGGUCGAGAUCUUCUGCCACAGAAAGCUGCAGAGAGCCCUUACCUUCACGGACGCAGAGAUAGAGGAAGAACUCAUGUCUGAAGCAGAAAAUAUUAACACUGGAAUGAGCAAUCUACGGCUAGGAGGGUAACUCUGUUGCCAUUUGAUGACUGAGCAGAGGAGACGACGCUGGUGAGAUGACUGUUUCUUACAUAUCAUUGUUUGUUUCAUUACUUCAAGGAAGCUUUCUCUCCAGACAUAAUUUUUUCUGUACAUAAGGUAUUCUUUCACUUCAGCCAGAUUCGGGAGUUAGGAAUCGUUUGUUUCCGCUUUUGGUUUGGAAAUAAUCAAAUUUGUUCUAGCAAAUCCAUUUUUAAGUUUCAUUCAUUGUAAUUAAACCCUUGCAGACCUUGAUCUGCUUGUAAAUUAAGUUUCCCUAGCUCAUGGAGAUAAAAUUGUCUGUGAAAUUACUUA